AUGGCGCUCAAGCCCGGGCCUGAGGAGCAGCUCCAUGUCGUCUUCCCCAGCUUCAAGAACGUUCCAGAGGCGAAAAACCAGCUCUUUGUCUCGACAGAGGUGCAGGAGGCGGUCGCAAGCAAGGCCACAGCUGAUCAGCUCGCUGAGGGCUGGCUGCAGUGCAUGGCGAUCACUCCCGAUGGUUCCCGAUUGUUUGCUAUCUCCGACAACCAGAUCUGGCGCUGGUCGGUCUGCGUAGAGGAGAAGUGGCCGGCUGCAGUAGAGUUCCUGGGCGUUGCGCAGGAGCAGGACGACUCUGAGAGGGCCGCCGCACCGGCUGAGACCGAGGUCCACGAGUCAGACGAUCCAGCGCUGGCAUUCGCAGAAGAUGCUGCUGCUGAGCCUCGUCGCCAGCUCGAGGAUACUCCGCCUCGGACACAGGAGCAGCUACGUGUUGCCCUGGAAGCCGCAAAUGUUUUGCUGGAACUGGCUGCGGCAGAUCACGGCGACCGCCCCGGUCCUCCCUAG